GCGAGAGUGGUCUCUGUUAGUAAUUUCAUCACAAAAGGGCACGCAAGUAAUUGGCAUUAGGGUUAGGGUUUUGUCGCCGAUAUAAAUUCCCAAAAUGAUUCAUUUUUCCUAGUCUUUUGCCUUGAGCUUCUCGCAGCUGCAGUCUUCCUCAUCAGGUGAUUUGAGCUAAGUGUUUUUCUGGGUAGCCAAUCAAUCAUUCAAGAUGCAGAACGAAGAGGGUCAGAAUAUGGAUCUGUACAUCCCCAGGAAAUGCUCUGCCACAAAUAGGCUCAUCACCUCCAAGGAUCAUGCUUCUGUCCAGAUUAACAUUGGCCACUUGGAUGCCAAUGGCCACUACACUGGUCAAUUUUCCACUUUUGCCCUCUGUGGUUUCGUCCGAGCUCAGGGUGAUGCCGACAGUGCUUUGGACAGGCUUUGGCAAAAGAAGAAGGCAGAGCUCCGCCAAUAAUUGCACUGGGAGGAUGUUCUGUUUUCUUUCAAACGUUGUUAGUCCAUGAAGAGUGACUGCAGUUACCUGGCUGUUCCGUUUUGUUUCUGUGGUUUUAGAUUUGUUAUCAUGGAGUUAAUAUCUAGUACUGAGCUUGAUUCUAUGUUGAACCUUUUUUGGCAUGAUUUUAUAUAAUAUCGUGUUGCAGUUCUAAGUUUUGAA